AUGCCUGGGAAUGAUCGACGGUCCCUCACGAGCGCUGGGAGUGAAUCAGGCGGCGGCAUCCGACCGCGGCCAUCGGACGCGCGGGCUGAACAAGCGACGAAUGCUAUCACCCAAAAUGAUGCGAGUCAAUUCGAUACUGCACUGCCGCCGAUAAUAUUCCAAACGCCAAUCGCGCACCGCCGUACUGGAAGUACCUUGAAGACCGUCAUGCGCAAGAUAUUCAACAGAAAACGUGAAAGUCAAACGCAAGGGGUGGAAGAGAGCCCGGGUGAGCAGUCGUACACGACACUGCAGGUCAGACGAACGGGGCCGAACGUGGAGGGGAAGUCAUUUCUAGCGAUUCCAACACCUACGGGCUCGAAGCAAAGCAGCCCCUUAUCCGAGGAGAAUCUGCAAAUGGCGGAGGCUCAUUUAUCCCCCACCUCGCUAGGCGCUGGUUUGCCAUCCCCACGGCGGCGCGCCACUCUUCCCAGUGUAAUCUUCUCCGACGAGGAAUCACAUUACGGAGUCGCACCCAGUGCAGUCUCCGAUCCCCAAGAAGAUAGAUCCGAGCCACACUGGGCCCACACCACACUCCGAGAACGACGAAGAUCGAGGAGUACAGACGCCCUGCGGCAGCUUGCGCAUGAGCAAAAGUUCCAGCAGCCCUCUCCGUGGCCGCUUCGCAAAUCAUCGAUUCCCUCGCCCUCCGAAACUCAAUCUCCUCCAAGGGCUUCUCCUCCCGGGGGCGGAAGUUCCGCUAGUGGACACUCAGUGAGGCCAUCGACAGGGACCACAGUCACCAGUGUGACUCGCGCUUCUGAAUCGCAUUUUUCCCAUGCAUCACAAGUUAGCCUGCCACCCAAUGUGGGAACACUAGUGCACACCAUGCAGCAUCACGACGGGCUGACCGUGGAACAACGCUUGAACACCAUUGAGGUGAAAAUGAUCGACUUGGAAUUUGCGAUCGCUCGAAUGCAAUCAAACACCAUGGACGCUUCCCCAACAGAGCGGUCCUCACGAACUCGACAGGCGCCAGCCCACGAGACUCCGUCUCAUAAGCGGAAUAAGCCGUCAAAUGGAUACGUAGACUCUUCUGAACGAGAUGAGUCUCCUAGUCCUUUGGCCAAUCUUCCCACGGCUCGACCAACAAGCACGAGUACUAUUCGGCCCGAGAACACAAACUCUGGCCUCCGCCCCACGGCAUCAGCAUCAUCAUUAAAUGACUUCAACGCCGUUUCGAUUGAGCAGUAUAGCGCAUUGAUUACGCUUCUUCGUCGUGAGCAGACCGCUCGCAGGAAUCUGGAGUCACAGGUUUCUGGCCUACGAGACGAUAUCCGUCACAUCCAGCGAGCUGCAUUGCAGAGCAUGGAGAUGGGGACUACCAUGUAUCCCAUCCACAGCGACGAUUCACAGGAAUUUUUGCGUUUCCGCCGUGCCCUCGACGACUCAAAUUCCUCUUCUUCGCCUAUCCGGUCGGACGAAGAUAGAGGGCAUUCUGCCUACGAAGCGGAUCGUGAUUGGGAUCGCGACGAAAUCCCCCGUCGCGAUGAUCCCAUUGGACCGCAUAAGUGGACUCAUGGACAAAUGGUUACGACAACUAAUAUGAUCUAA